CACUUAUCACCAUCAUCGGAAAAGUGAAUGAGAGGGAGGGGAUCAAGUUGGAGUGUACGGAGAUGGGGCGGGAGUUUAUGCAGCUUGCAUAUUUCCCUACUGUGCCGCUUGUAGUGUCGGUGAUUGAUCGGGCUGAGACGCUUGAUCGGGAGGAUAUGUUUGGGAAUUUGGUUGAUGAGGGUGAUGCACCGGAUUAUUAUACCGUUGUGAAGGAACCGAUCGCCACGAGCAUGGUCCGUGAGCGUCUUUUGAAGGGCCAAUACCUCACUGUCUCGGACUUUGAGGAAGCUCUCAAUAAGGUGUAUGACAAUGCUAUGUUGUACAACGCCAAGAAGACAACAUACUACGCAACUGCUCAGCGAAUAAAGCGGACAGUGAAGCCAUUGAUUGCAGAGGCGAAACAAAAAGAAGCUUGUUUGGACCUCCAACCCGAAACUGGCAUGGUUCCGGACUUGAGCAAGUUUGCUCCAGUGGGUAUGUCCAUUGCGGAAGAAGAACAGUGGCCUGGGGACAUGUUCAGGGAGAUGUCGCCGCUUUCUGAGAUGGAUGAGGAGGAUAUAACUAAAUUGGAUAUUGAUAUCAAGGAGUUCGAGGAGGCGGAGAGGAAAUGGGAGGAACAGAAGGAGCUUCUCGCGUUGAGUCCGAACAGUCGGAGAAAGCGGAAGGCUGAUGAUAUGGGGGCUAGACAGCCGAGCGAUUACGCCCCUGAGCGGUCAACGAGGCGGGUCAGGAGAAGGUAAGGGUUUUUGGAUCAUGUUGGGAUAUAACGGGGGAAUCAAGAACGGAUUUAGUUAUCAGGAUAGCAUUUGAAUACUUACUCUAUGGCGGCGUACACGUGCGGACUAAUUUACUAAACAACUCUACCCAAC